UCUUCUCUUCUCUUCUCUCCAUACCGCCUUUCAAGAGCUUCACCGUAUAUUUUCACUAUGAAUAUUAUUUUAUCUGCUGCAAAGCUCGUGCAGCUGGCCGUGCUUGGGUGUGCUGGUUGCCUGCUUCUCCAGUCGCUUUUCAUGAGCACGCAAACGUUCUUAGGGUUCUUUUAUCCAACUAUCCAUGUCCCCUACCUUAACCCUGUGUCGCCUCCUGUCGAGAUCACAGGUCCGAUUUCGCUCGCAUGGCAGAAGUCUUUUGAAUACGAAGCUAAGGUGUACCUUAGCAGCAAGUCGUGCCGUUCCAACUCGCUCGAAACGUUCCUCCAGAAUGCCACCGAGGUUUGGCACAUUGAGCCUCAGAGCCUGGUGAACCGGUACCCAGUCUUUGAGAAGCAUUUGAGCCUGGAUUUCACGGAUACUACUUGGAUGUUUAUGUGCCUUUUCAUUCAAAAGGCUGGGCAGUUCACACCCCACCCAAAUAUCAGCGACCCGCAUCUGCUUGUUAACGAGCAUGUGCUUGCGUACACGACAAUAUCAUCCACAUGCUACGGGGAUAACCAGAAGGGCAAGGGUAUCAAAGCCCAUUGCGUUUCGAACACAACAUUCAUGGUGGAAACCCAGGCCAAGUGGAAAAUUCAUCUCGAGGAUAAUGUGUAUACGCCUGAAUCCCUUCCCCGACGUCGCUGCAGCAAAUGCAACAUCAUCCGCAGGCAGUCACUUGACUCAGAUAACACGACUGACAGCGCUGGCUCUAAGGGCAUGUACCUCCCUCUGCUCUAUAUGGACUGGGACACUAAGUCGGAGAGCGCGAAGUUCCCUCUCACAGAUAGCAAAAGUACAGACAAGGGGACCGACUAUUUCAAUACGUCUAUUGGUAUCAGUAUGGGGGUACGCGGAGUACGCACUAGCACUGAAAUCGAGCUUAACCAUAUCACGAACACACCGGAGGAUAAGGCUCUCGCGGCUUUGAGAAGGAACGAAGAUCGUCCAUUCAUGCCUCAUAUGUAUUACAAAUCGCCAACAGCCAAAUCGAGUGUCUCAACAGCUAUCUACCUUGCGCUCUACCCUGUCCUCCUUUCCUUGUAUAUCCUUCGGCAACUUUCCAUUGCCAAGCUCUACUUUGCCUCAGCCUGUUCGAACAGAGAAAAAGCCAGCUCCAUCCUGAGGAUGUAUUUGCUUGUCGAGCACCUAGGGUCGUCCUUGUUCGGUAGAUUUGUUCUGUUUGGAAACCAUGCGGGGUUGAAUACUGCUUUUCUGAAUGCGUACAGCACCUGGUGGUAUAUCAAAUCUAUCCUCGCAGUCCUGCCUCAGAGGAGAGUGGCAAGUACAAUAAGGUAUCUCGCUGGUUCUCGAGCGACCAACACCAGGGACAACACCAAGGACGGCGAACCACUGCAAUCUACCAAGGAGAAUGAAGGCGCGGAAGCGGAGAGCACCUACACUAAAUCCGCUUCAUCAGUGUUCAAGCUAUUUUUCUGGACUGUUUUUGGGUUUUCUAUUGCGGAAUAUGCGGACCAAGCGUGUGUCUCUGGAAGCUAUGAUGCUUCAUAUCUGUCGGAGGCUGAGUGGAACUGGGCUCGCAUCUUUUUCAGGGGCUUGGGUUGUUUCCUUCGUCGCCUUAUCAGGUGGGCUCCUGCCGUCUAUUUCAUCCCGACUGUCCUCAUGGUAUUCAAGCGCAAGUCUACCACACAUGUGCCAACUAUGUACCACCUCCUUCGCAUGAUUGAGUUUGUUAUAGUCGGAUUGAUCUGCCUCUACGAAAUACCCGGGAUGCUUGACCCUGAGUAUCUGGCAUUGCGCAAUGUCGUAAACAGCAUCAGUAGCAUUGCCUUAGUUAUCCAGUGGAGAAUAUACAAUAAAUUCUGAGUGGCGCUAUUAGCGCACCCAUA